AUCAGAGGGAGACUGGGAGAGAGAGAGAACACAGCUUGCAAACCAGUUUCCUUAAUUUUCAAAUGAAAGUGUGAAUGAGAGAGAGAGUCCUUAAAAUAAGAGGCAAAGAAAGAAAGCAGGCGUCUCACUGAAGCAGACAAGAACUUCAUAGGAGUUCAUUACCUCCCAGCUCAUCUCCACGGAACCCCUCUUGCUCUCUCUGUCUCUCUCUCUCUCUACGUUUUGUAUACAUGCAGAGAUAAUUAAGUACUCAAUUUAAUUCCUACAAGGCUAUAACUAUCAAACGCAUACUCUCUCUCUCUCUCUCUCUCGCUUCUUCAAACAUCUAAAUCGAAGCCAGACAGGAGAAAAGAGAGAAAAAUAAUCGUUAAUGAUUCUCACGCCCCACCACCUAAAACCCUUCCUUCAAUCCAACUCUACUCAAUUUUCGAAACCCAUUUUAUCAAUCUUUUCGUUCCCCUAGUUUUCCCUAAAAUCCCUUCAUUUCUAGUGAUUUAUCUCUUUUUUUUUUUUACUGUUAUUUUCUCCUUUUUGUGGGGCUCCAUUUCAGUGCCAGCCAUGACGGAAGUCCUACAUUCCCCAUCUCAUUUUCCUUCAUCUCCAAGCUCCUUAUCUUGCGUAGCCACACCCAAUGAUGGCACACGCCAGACCCAACAGAUGCAGACCCAGUCUCAGUCCGUUAUUAAUAGCAACAACAACUCGUUUCCUGUUGUCGAAGGCGAAGGCUACGACGGUUCGGGUACCGACGAAGACGGAGAGAGGAAGGAAGGAGACAAGGAGGGAGAUCAGCUGUCUCUUUUGGCCCUUUUGGUGACUGCAAUUCGCAAGUCUUUGGUUGCUUGUAGGACUGAGAGGGAGGAGCUUUGCUCGAUGGAGAUCGGCUGGCCGACUAAUGUGCGCCAUGUUGCUCACGUCACAUUCGAUCGGUUUAAUGGGUUCCUCGGAUUGCCGGUGGAGUUCGAACCUGAGGUUCCCAGGAGGCCUCCAAGCGCCAGUGCAAGUGUUUUUGGAGUUUCAACAGAAUCCAUGCAAUUGUCAUAUGACUCUAGAGGGAACAGUGUGCCAACAAUACUUCUGCUGAUGCAAAGACGCUUGUACUCUCAAGGGGGCUUGCAGGCAGAAGGGAUAUUUAGAAUCAAUGCAGAAAACAGUCAAGAGGAAUAUGUUAGAGACCAACUAAACAGGGGGAUCGUGCCAGAUGACAUUGAUGUUCACUGUCUGGCAGGUCUUAUUAAGGCUUGGUUUAGAGAACUUCCUACUGGAGUGUUGGAUUCACUUUCACCAGAGCAGGUAAUGCAAUGCCAGACAGAAGAGGAAUGUGCACAGCUUGUGAGACUCCUACCCCCAACAGAGGCUGCUCUGCUGGAUUGGGCCAUCAACCUGAUGGCUGAUGUUGCUCAGCAGGAACAUAUAAACAAGAUGAAUGCACGCAAUGUUGCUAUGGUGUUUGCUCCAAAUAUGACUCAAAUGGCAGAUCCUUUGACUGCAUUGAUGUAUGCAGUGCAAGUGAUGAACUUCCUCAAGACACUGAUCAUAAAAACACUCAAAGAAAGAGAGGAUUCAGUGGUGGUAACUGCUUCACACCUAGAGCCUUCUGAUGAGAAUGGUCACCAUAGCCCUUCUCAGCCCUGUCUGGAGGAUGUAGCUUCCUCUAAAGAAGAGACUGAGCAUAUGUUCAGUAAUGAAGAACCAGUUUUAGAAACUUCCCAUGACCCUACUGAAGAUGAUUCUGUGACUGAUGAUGGAGCCCAGAGUUUUCAACCUUCUGUUCACAAAGUCAACCCUGAUGAAAACAGCUCUUCAAUUGACGACUGCCCUUGCGAGGAUCCAACUCAACUUUCUAAUGGUCCAAAAUCAACGGUCCAAUCAAGUAUUCCUAAGAACAAGACUGGUCAAUCCAGUAACUCUAAUCUAAAAAAGGGAUCCAAAAAAGCCAAUGGGCAGCAUAUGGUUCGGGUGGCAGGAACUGUUGAGAAGUCGAAGGGAAGCAGUAUCGUCAGUCGUAUAAAUUCAAGGACAGAACGGGUUGAAGCGUGGCGUUGAAGGAUUGAGGUCCAGUUGGAGGACGGACUAAUAUGAUCAAGAAUUUGGCACUGUGUUUUAUUUGGAACUAGAGAGAGAGAGAAAGAGGUCACCUUUUCUGCUUUAGUGUAUAACAUUUCCACCAUGUUAUCCCACACUAACAUGUUAUGGUUUCCCAGAACCACCCGUACCCACCACACAUGAAGAAGUCCAUUGGAAUGAUUUGUGCUUUUACAUCACUCUUGGCUUUUUCUGAAAUCUUUCAUUUACAGGAACUGGGUACAUGCAAGCUUCCUUAAUAGGGAUUCAAAGAGCUCAGAUUCAGUAAUGGGUAUUGUAAAUUAUCGGGUGUCUACAUGGUAUUUUUGAGCUUUGAAUGACAUCUUUAGGAAAUUGAGGCUAUUCUUCUGAAGCACUGGAGAAGAAGAGUUCCUGUCAACAUACCAAAACUACAGCAUCUCUAUUAAUUUACCAUUUAAAAUCCUAUCCAGUUAAAUUUUAUAUUACGAUGGAUCACUGUAAGUGGUCAUUGAGACAGUAAAUUCCAGAUGAUGAAUUGGCGUUUACUGAUAUUGAUUCUUAUCCGUUAACUCAUGGAUGAGAUCAGGAUAAACUGAUAAAGAGGUGGAGCAUUUUCAUUCUCAACCAGUGAACAUUGUAGAGAACAGGAUCAUGUUGGAAACUUACAAGCUAUAUAUGCCAGGGUGGUCUGCAUCAUCAUCUCCAUUUCUUUGCUUUAUCCAGAUACACUAUCGCCAUUGUAAAUAGCAACCUAUCGUUCUUAUCAGAAGGAUACAAAAAGCUUGAUUGGAAUAUUCUGUUUUGCUGGCGACAGCAGCGGAAGGUGAUGACCGUAACGUGGCUGAAUCCAAGUUUAGAAAUCUAGGUUAAGUUGUGCUGUGUAUAAUGGUAGGUUUGUGGGUGACUGGGUGUUGGAGCAUGUCCCACCUCUUCCAAUUUCCUUAAAAUCAAGACCAGAUUCAGAGGGCUCA